CAGAGCACAGGCGCCAGAAAACUUUGAAGAGGCAUUGUGAACUUGACACCAUUUCCUCCAGGUAAUCCAAGCUUUCAGGCAUGGUGAAGUUCCAGAAGCAGCUCGUCCCAGAGUGGCGGGUGAAGUACUGCGACUACAAGCAGCUCAAGAAAGCUGUCAAGAGAAUCAAAAACCAGAUCCUACAUACCAAGAACCAGGAGCACAAGGUGUUCGAUCCAAAUGUCUUCUCGGUUGACAAGAGCAAGCUUCAAAACUUGCUGCAAAAUCCCAGCGCCAUUCUGAGCAGCUGCUGCGAACAAUCCAUAUCCUCGGAAACGUCCAUGGUUGUGCACAAGACGAGAACUGGAGAUGGCGAGGAUUUUUACGAGACGGAGCUGUUCGGAACUCGAUCGGAUCACGAAAAGAGCUUCUUUUUCGGCCUUGACGAUCAGCUCAACAAAGUGGACAAGUUUUUUAGAUGCAAGGAAGACGAGUACGAUGCUCAAGCACAGCAACUUCACAUCUAAAUGGAAGAG